GUUCGAUGCAGGCGCAGAAACGAUAAGCUCCAUCAGUGGCUGGCUCCGCUUUGCCCCUCUCGCUCUCUCUCUCUCUUCCCCUGAGCCCUCUGUCACUCCACGAGUCCAUGUCCAUGACAGGUAAAGCCGCUGCAUCCUAGAUGAUCCAGGCGAUGGGAUGAGGCCCACCGCAGCAGCAACCAAGCCUUCCUUCCUCCUCGCCGGACACCAACCAUUCCCGACCUCGUCAAGGGCAGCAGGGGUAGCAGCAGCAGCAGCCGAUCCAUGCAAGCCGCCCAAGAAGUCUAGGCGCACUGGCCGGUCAUGGCGAGCCGCAUCGGCAGGUAGUAACGGCGCCGACGGCAGCGAUGAGCGCGGCCAGUCCGUGUCGACGGUGGCGACGACGCCGUCAGGGAGGCGGGCCCGGCUGUCGGCGCGGCGGCGGGAGAGCAUCAGGCUCCUGGACGGGCUGCCGGGCCAGGGCGGCAUCGGCGAGUUCCUGCGGCACCCCGCCGGCGUGGAGUCCCUGCUCAACACCCGGGCGCUGCAGAGCUUCGCGCCGGUGGAGCCGGAGUCGGAGUCGGGCCCGGCCGGCGCCUUCAGGUGCACGCUGCACCCCAUGGGCUUCCUCGGCUUCCAGGUCGCCCCGGUCCUGGACCUCCGCGUCACCCCGACCCGCGACGACUGCACCGUAGAGAUGCUCUCCUGCAGGUUUGAGGGUUCGGACUCGAUCGAACAGCAGAAUGAGCUCUUUUCAGCGGUUAUGAGGAACCGAAUAACAUGGGGAGACAAUGGUGAUCAGGAGCCAUGCUUGGACAUCGAUGUCAAUUUGGAGGUCACUCUGGAGGUGUACACGAAGCCAUUCAGCUUGCUCCCGCUGUCGGCAGUGGAGAAACCAGGCAACCUGCUGAUGCAAGGGCUGCUUGACAGGCUUGUCCCGAUGCUGGGCGAGCAGCUGCUGAGGGACUACCAUUCCUGGGUUCAGCAGCAGGCCCAGUCUUCAUCCUCAUGAGCAAGUGACUGCCCAAAGUCUGAAACUAACACUACCUACCUAGCAGAUUCCUGGGAUUCAUGGCCGGCUCGGCUUCCAUCAAAUCCAGCUGGCAGCAGCACCAAGAAAGAAUCACGAGGACGCGGCAUGGGUCAAUUUGUCGAUGCUUGCAUGAUAUAAGAAAGAAUCAUUUACUGUACAUCCCAUCCUAACCUUUGAGAGAAAUCAUUCGAAUUUCGAAAAGGUUGUGCCUAGCUAACUUUUGACCCAUGUACAUAUCUCUCCAUUCCUAAAUAUAAGUCUUUUUCGAGAUUCCACUAUAGACUACAUACGGAGCAAAGUGAGUGAAUCUACACUCUAAAAUAUGUCUGUGUACAUCCUCAUGUAGUUUGUAGUGGAAUCUCUAAAAAGACUUAUAUUUAGGAAUGGAGGGAGAAAACUCAUGCUGCACAUUAGCAUGAUGUUGAAGGUUCUGGUUGUUAUUAUUGCAUCAGUCUCAAUGUAAUACUAUUACAUUACACAUGUUCAAACAGCAUGAGGUUUCCCUCAAGAAAUUGCAGUAGUUGAAACUUCUCUA